CCACAUUUCUUCCGGGGCAGUCACUCAAAAUCUCCUCGUUCAAGAUGGCAGCAGCAAUGGAUGUUGAUACACCGAGCGGCACAAACAGUGGAGCAAGCAAGAAGCGGUUUGAAGUAAAAAAGUGGAAUGCUGUUGCGCUGUGGGCCUGGGACAUUGUGGUAGAUAACUGUGCAAUCUGUAGGAACCACAUCAUGGAUCUCUGUAUAGAGUGCCAGGCCAAUCAAGCUUCUGCAACCUCUGAGGAGUGCACUGUUGCGUGGGGUGUGUGCAAUCAUGCAUUCCAUUUCCACUGUAUUUCUCGUUGGCUGAAAACCAGACAGGUGUGCCCUCUAGACAACAGGGAGUGGGAGUUUCAGAAAUAUGGACACUAGUUGGAAAAUUGCUGACCUCCUUUUUGGCUUCUACAAGCGUCACCCUCACUGCUUUUUUCUCCCCUCCCACUUGUAAUCCUAUUUUACGCCUAUGUCUUUGUUUUGGUAUGUUGUAAGUACACAAAUAAACAUAAGAAUUGUGAAAA